UUUGUAGGAUAAAUACUCAAUACAACUGUCGCAUGUGGUAUUUUGCGUACAUUUUUCCUAAAUUCUGGUAAUGUACAGUAGCCUACAUGUAGUAGAUCCUGCCUAAAAGCCUACACCGAGUAAAUUAUGCCUAAAAUGAUGUGAGUUUUAGCCUCUCUGAAAUUCAGUGUUACGAAACGUGAAAAAGACUGUUUCACAACGAGUAGUGGCUGGCCAAUAGAAAAGCCAGCUGCUGUACCAUGUGACCUUUAUUUAUGUAACUUAAUGGUGCUAGACAUUAUCAGCUGUGGGCUGCAUGCAAUGUGCAGCAUAGUGAGCCUGGGCAACCCAUCAAAUGAAUAGACGGCAAAUUUAAACAUCCGUUCUUUACACCGAAUAUUUCAUUUCAGUGUUGAUGGAGUGCGGUUUGGUACGUCAGGCGAGGACAGUAGCUUUUGGACUGAAGAGAAAAGCCUACAUUCAGCAUGCUCGUAGAGGGGGACGUUACUUUGCUAACACAGACCAAGUUAUGAUUGACAAAGGAUAUUGUCAACAUUAACGUUACUGUUGGUGAGACUAAAACUCGACUUAAUGUGAGUGGCAAUCCUGCUAAAUGACUUUGGAAAUGAUUGCAAUGCAAUCGUAACACUGGACAGCGACCGUAAAAGAUAUAGCUGACCGUUCCUUGAAACACCAUGGCUAUAUCGGUUUGGUAACCUAGAUUUGUAAUUUUGUCGCACUGUCUGGCCUCAUAACCUUGAUUACUUAACUUGUAAGUGACACCAUGGUCACUGUAGAGAGCGAAAGGCCACAUAAAUAAUUAAUGUAAGAGAAGGAGAGGGCUUCAAGACUCUAACUUUCAUCCGGACAUUUGGCCGUUUAAAAAAGUUCGCAAUGGAUCUGCUUGAAUGUCCUAUUUGCCUGUUCCUUAUGGGCGAACCUGUGACCAUGAGUUGCGGUCACUCGCUCUGCCGGCGAUGCUUGGGAAGCUACCUGCCGUCAAGAUGCCCCGCGUGCAAGGAGAGAUUAAAACAAAGAGAUGCCAAAAACAUCAAGAACAACGUGCUGCUCAUCAGCAUCAUCGAGAAGUGCUGCCCGGAGGAGACUAAAAUGAAGUGCCACAUUCAGGAGAAGCUCAAAACGAGCGAAUUCACAGUAGCGUUGCGGAUUGCGGAUGAGGGGAUAGAACUAGCUCCUAAUGACGUGAGUCUGAAGGUAUGGCGCGCUGAAGCCAACAUGGGACUGCGACACUUCUCUGAUGCUUUGAAUGACCUCGAUGAACUCUGCAACGUUCGCCCAAACUGGACUGAGGGCUUCUUUCGUAAAGGGAAUGUACUGCUGGAGAUGGGCCGCCAGACUGAGGCUCUGAUCCAGUUCCACCACUGCCUGAAACAGCAGGCUGACUUCACCCCGGCCAAGACCCACAUCAAGAAGAUCUUGGAGGCUGAGGGUAUGUCCGUGCCCGAGGAGGCAUCCCGGAUCCUGCAGGUGGUGUCUGACUUCCUGCAGGAGCCCUGCCCCAUCACCAGCACUCUACCCCACCCCCCCGGGGACAGUCCGAGGCGCCCCCCUGAGGACGGGCCGAGAGAAAGAGGUGACCCCGGAAAGACUGCAUCUAAGGCCAAGCUGGGCUCCAGCACCGAGUGCUGCUUGAGUCUGUGCCAGGCGGUGUCCUUCCUCCCCGCCGCGGAGGAUGACGAGGAGCCCAUGAUGAGGAAGGAGGAGAGGCAUAACAGAGCUUCUUGCGGUGUGGACAGAGAAGCGUCCCUCCGUGUCCUCACCGCCUCUGACUUUGAGUGUCCUCUCUGCAUCAGACUGUUCUACGAACCGGUGACGACGCCCUGUGGACACACGUUCUGCAAGAACUGCAUUGAGCGAAGCCUGGACCACAACCUGCGAUGUCCCCUCUGCAAACAACCACUGCAGGAGUUCCUGAAGAACAGGAAGUACACCCCCACGGUGCUGCUGCAGGACAUCAUGUCCCGCCUCUUCCCCACACAGCUGGCCGAGCGCAAGCAGGUGCACGACACCGAGAUGGCCGAGCUCUCAAACUUGACCACUGAUGUGCCCAUCUUUGUGUGCGCGGUGGCGUACCCGGGCAUUCCUUGCCCGCUGCACGUGUUUGAGCCACGCUACCGCCUUAUGAUGCGCCGUUGCAUGGAGACGGGCACCAAGAGAUUUGGCAUGUGCUGUUACGAGCCUGGCAAAGGGUUUGCAGACUACGGCUGCAUGCUGGAUAUCUUGGAGCUGGACAUGCUGGGGGACGGCCGCUCCUUCGUGGACACAGUUGGGGGCAGCCGCUUCCAUGUGCUGCGUCGCAGUCAGAGAGACGGAUACCACACCGCCGACGUGGAGUACCUGGAGGACCGCAAGGCGGAGGGUGCAGAGCUGGACAAUCUCCAGCAGCUGCAUGACGGUGUGUACCAGCAGGCCAGGGAGUGGUACCAGCGUUUGGGCCGACACAUCCAGGACCAGAUCAGCAGACGCUUCGGAUCCAUGCCCGAGAAAGAGGACAACAUUCAGGCGUCUACUAAUGGCCCAGUGUGGUGUUGGUGGCUGCUGUCAGUGCUGCAGUUGGACCCCACCUACCAGACCACAGUGCUGUCCCUCACCUCCCUCAAAGACCGGCUGGGUCACCUGCGCCUCAUGUUGGAAUACUUCUCUCAGAGAUAGACACACACACACACACACACACACACACACACACACACACACUCGAAAAAAGACUGGUUUGGCCACUUUUGCCAAAUGCCCGAAUACUGCUCCUACAUCAAGACACACAUACACACCGCUGUCCUCGAGAUCUCUCGGAGAUUGGCCCAGACACUUCUGCCUCAUAGUACUGCUAGUACUGUUCAAGCAGCUGUACGUACACACACACAAACACACACACAAACACACACACACACACACACACACACACACACACACACACACAGACACAGACACACACACACAAUGCGCACAGAGUUCUGCUUGACUUAAGCACAUUCGCUUCUAUGUCUGAUUUUAAUCUGGGUGGCCUCAUUGCUAGAGGCCAAACCUUUGAGAACUAUGGGAAGUUAAUUUGGAAUUAUCACUCUUUCAUUCUUGUUUUUUGUUUUGUUUUGUUUGUUUUAACCAUGUCUUGAGAUUUUGAAAGCAGUUUAUUUUAAAGAACAGUGUGGGCGGUGUUUGGUAUAGGUGACUGUAGACACACGCUUAUCUGCAGUCCCAUUUUUCUUGCAUAACACAUUUGCCAAACAUGAGUGAAACACUCAUGAUAAGAUGCUUUGGGCUCAAUAGCUUUGCUAGCGCCGUUGAGAAUGUUUACAUUAAGCUUGCUCCUUCAUAGUUGAUUAAGAAAAAGAAAAACCCUUUGAAGAGAUGGACACACUUUUCCAGACAACCCCCCCUAUCACUCGCAGUCUUACCUGUUGGGUCAGGAGCCUUGUCAAUCGACCUUGACUCUCUGUGGCUGUGGCUUCAAGGUGCAGACUGAGAUGUGGCCUGUCUGGUAGAGGGGGGUCGGGAACUGGAAUAGAGUAAAAGCAAUAUGUCAGUUGUCGUCAGUAGUCAGGAUCGUGGUUGUAAUAACCGUAAUAGAGUUUGGAGUAGGACAUGACGCAGAGUUGCUCGUCUAAACCGAGGUUCCUUCUUCUUCUUCUUCUUGUGUGGAUUGGUUGUCUUUGUUAAUAUAUGCAAUGUAAUUUAUGAAGGAAGGCUGCUGCUCUUGUCCUGUUGUCCUCCUCCUUUUCCCUAGGUGGCAGUGUAGGUGGCUUUUGCUAGGGCACUACCACCAACAGGUGGAGAGAGACUGUGGACACUGAUGCGCAGUCUACAGACUUGUCACCUAUGCAGUGCUUUCUUUUAAAGAGACGCUCUUCGAAAUCAUUUUGUUAACAGUCAGUGGCGAUGCUCAUAACAGUCCUAAGGUGUUCUAUUAUUAUUAUUAUUAUUACCAUUAUUAUUAUGACCAUUGAAAGACUCGUUAGCGGACUAGCGGUGGUGGGGGCAAGGUUGGGGGCGGUGGUGGGGCUCCCUCACCGAUAGCAACUAUGGAGUUUUGGUCCCAAAGUGUGUCAGUGCCUUUGUGUGUAUUACCGGCUUUAACACGAGUGGUGAAUUUAAUCGUGCAGCACCGGCCUUGAGAUGCGUGGAAGUAUUUUACAGGUGUGUCUAUGUGGCUUCAGUGCUCUAUGACGCCGGAUGCUGAGGAGCAAGAGACAGAUCUUACAACAUGGCUGGCCGUUUCUUGGGCUUGGUCAGGGGGGGGAAAAAAAUCUGUUGUUGUUUUUCUUUCCUUAGUGCCACAUUCCAGGGAAUGUCUGGGCUGCAUUCAUGAUUUGCUCACAUGAACACGGGCUUCAAACUGGGUGAAAGCAAGCUGUUCCCUCUUGACUUUGUUUACUGUAUUUAUCAUUGUGCUUUUAAGACAUAUUGUGUGUGUGUGUAAUGUGUUAGUCAUGAAUAGGUUAAAAAGCCAUUUCUUGGACAAGGGUGGCAUCAUAACUGUUCCACGCACUCUUUGUUUGUUUGUUUGUAUUGUUUUGUUUUUAAAACAAAAAAAAGGAUGAAAAAAAGCCUUUUGAGGUGCUCUAGUCAUUACCAAGCGGGCUGUGCUUUUUACGCGAAUCUGGGUGUUGUGUUUGGGUCUGUGUACAUAAGUGGGUUAGGCUUCUGUAAACACAUUCAGUUGUAAUGCUAAUGAAAGGAGGGUCUGGCUGAUUGUGGAGGAUUUGUUGUUUUUUAAUUAGAGAGCCCCAAUAUGUGCAAUGAAACUCCUUCAAAAAGGAGUUUCUGUUGGCGUGCACAGUGUUAGGGGUCGUCAUGUGCAGGACAGCCCCAACUAUCCCAAAGCGUUUUUUCACUAUAAAGGACUCCAGAUCAGAGAAACACACACCCAGAAAUCCAUUGUUGUGUGCAGACAUACAAAAAUGAAUACACAUACACAUAUAAACUUCUCUGCAUACUGUGUUGGUAGGGUGGCCCAGCAAGUAUGCACACAGCCCCUCUUGAAAUAAAUGUUAAUCAAAAAUCAAUACAUUUGUAGAUGUGAUUUGUAAUGAUCGGCUGGUACAUACAGUUUUAAUGCAUGGUAGGUCUCAAUUGUAAUGAUUUUUGAAGAAACUAAUAAAACAAUAAAUGUAAAAUUAUAGAGGGGGCACUUUGACAUGAUUAAAGCCACUCUGCCCAAAAUGGCCAGAUAAAGGGAGAAUACUGCAGACAAACUGCAUAUAAUGCACACAUGCAUACAUACACAUGAAAAUAAACCUUCUUACAUUCAGUCGUAUACAUCCAUUGAUGCAUUGAUAUGCAUUCAUCUUCUCUUUGUCCGUACACAGGGGUGUGUUGAGGGAGCUGGAGAGCCCAAAAGCAGCUACCUCGGGGCUGUCAUGCCAAAAGGGACUCUAAGUGAGGGAAGAACAUGAAUGAUCAGGGUUGCCAAUUCUCACACUUUUGGCGUGAGACGCACGCUUUUAUGUCCAGUUUCAUGCUACCGUGAAAAAAAAUUCAAUUGACUUAAAUUCAUCUCGCGCCAAAAAAUACACCUGACUUGGACGAUCUUUGUCAAUCUCACCUAUUCCGAGGCCAAUUCUGAUGCCAAGUCAGCCUUUGCAGUUGGCAACUCCUGGAAUAAUUCUCUUCAGAUCCAAGCACCUGUGAUUCCCACUGGGCAGAGAAAUCGCACCGUAGGCCAAUAGCUGAUCGUAGUAGGGCUGACUUGUCCAGACGCUUCUGUGUCUGGCUGUGGCUAGGCUGUGGCUUCAACGGAUCGCAGAGCUGGUCUAUCUUCCUGUGCCAUCUCCCGCGUGCUGUUUUGCAUUAUUGAAUCUAUCUAGCAUGUCCCCUUUUCCUCGCUUUUUUUGUUUGAUAACAUCUGAAAGAAAUUUCAAACUUUCUUUGUGUCAAGUUGAUCUGUUUUAUCAGUCCACAACUGACACUUCCCGAGGAAACAUCAACAGUUUAGUGAGCCCUUGACGUUUGUCUGAACACACUGCAUUGCUAGACAUUAGGCGGGAGUCACAUGUAGAUUAAUGUAGGUAAUCCUCGAUGCAAAAUAACCUCGCCCCUGGAAUGCUCAAAGCCAAUAGGCUACCAAGUGUGAGACGUCUUUUAAAAAGUGACCACUGUGUGUUUGAAUUGAUAGCUGAGAUGAGUCAUCUGUCCACACUGACAGGUAAUUGCCAGGGCAACGAAUAAAGUUCAUUUGUGUAUUAUUAAGCCUGCCUUUUUUUUUUAUCCGUUUGGAAUGAAUUAUAUAUUUAGCAGAUUAUGCCCCCCGAGGCCUAUUCGAUACGUGAAUUAUAUGGAAAUCAUUGGACCCUUGAAAUGGAAACACUGUUUUAUGAUUAUAGAUUCUCCAGAUGCCUAAAAGGCACCUGUACAAAUUACAUUGGAUUGCUCGGGGAAGCUGCCAAGGACUACAUACCCUGAAUGAUGUUAUCAAUUUAACAAAUAAAACAAUUGAAACAUG